UAAACAUUUUUUGGACCCAUCAUAUACAUUUAGGCAGUGAAAUUGUUAUACAAUAGAUAUACAAUACCAGACUCAAUUCCAGUAAUUCAGAUGAUUUCUGAAUAAACUAAGGGGGGAAAAUGCAUACGGAUUAUAUAAUGUGCUUUGGCCAUUGAUGUAUAUAUAGAAGUAACGCGAGACUUAUGUGUUCGUCUUAUAUGUUGAUUUGCUUGAUUGUUUCUUGAAUUCGUGUAUUUAAAUUUUAUGAGGCCUGAAAUUUCAAUUAAGCGCUAUUUACGAAAUACCGCUGAGACUCAGUUCAGUACUGUGCUGUGAGCGCCAUGUAUGAAUUGUCCUCCUAUUUGAUUGGACAAAAUCCCACCAACGCUGCAGCCAAUGGGUGAAUAGAGUGUUGCUAUAAGAGAGACACUCCGCUGGUUCGUGUUAUUCUUUCUUCUCUUAAAACAAGAUUGAAAAUGAGUGGGCGGGGUAAAACCGGCGGUAAGGCAAGAGCGAAGGCUAAGACUCGUUCAUCGAGGGCAGGACUGCAGUUUCCUGUAGGUCGCGUUCACCGAUUGCUGCGUAAAGGAAACUAUGCCGAGCGUGUUGGCGCCGGUGCUCCAGUUUAUCUGGCUGCUGUGCUCGAGUAUCUGACUGCUGAAAUUCUGGAGCUGGCUGGUAACGCGGCCCGCGACAACAAGAAAACUCGCAUCAUUCCCAGACAUCUGCAGCUGGCAGUGCGUAACGACGAAGAGCUGAACAAACUGCUUGGAGGCGUCACUAUCGCCCAGGGCGGAGUAUUGCCCAACAUCCAAGCUGUUCUGCUCCCCAAGAAAACUGAGAAAGCGGUCAAGGCGAAGUAAUUUUUGCGGCGCUUUAAGGACCAUUCACCCAAAGGCUCUUUUAAGAGCCACCUACACUUGUAUGAAGAGCGCAAAGCUUCCGUCCAUUGUGUGCUGGUUGCCCAAAACGCACGUGUGACCAGAAAUUUUCUGCAAGAUUUGACGAACAUUCUAAUGACAAAAAGGGAAACUGGUUGUGUAUUAGCAUCACUGUAAAUUAAAUUGCGGAAACCAGAUGUAAAAUGACAAUGGGAAAUGUCUUCAUUAAAAAGGGUACUGUUAUCAAAUUGUAACGGCCUUGUAAAGGAAACCAACUCUGGACCUACUGAGUUGGAAUGGGCUGAAAUCGAUGUUCAGCUUUUGUGAUUUCUAGAAGAGUUUUUAAAAAAUGUAAUUUGUUUUAGUAUGUACGUCCUUUGUUGAAGUAUUGUGGAAUGUUUUAUAUAAUCAAUAAAGCUCUUUAAAGAACCCCAAACGAUUGGGGUUACCAGAA